CAGCCUCACUUGCAGGAUGGGAGAUGGAGGGGGGGUGGGUUUGCUGGGGGAUUGGGCUGAGCUGGGGAGCAGAUGGGGGAGCAGAGAGGGAGUCCUUUGUGUGUGGCAGAGGCUGUGCAGUGUGUGUUUUGUCUCACAGCUCAAAAGGUCAGAAGGGGUAGGUGAUGUGGAGAGCAGUGCAGCUGUGGAGACAAGGCAGGGUGGAUGCUGAGAGAGAGAUUUGCUCCCUCCCAGAACACUUGCAUUCGGCUCUUCCUCCUUACUUUCCUUUUGUUAUUCCAUUGACUACUGUUCCUGUAUUUGCCUGCUUCCUUCUUUCCUGUCUGUGCUGUCUUCCACCUUCUGUGCAUUUACUUAUUUAAUCUUGACACACUUUGCAAUGUGUCAGGAGAUAAAUGAAGUUAUAGCUGACUUAAUCUUCAAGUUCAUGUCACUAUGAAAGUCUGCUUUUUUCCACCGAUCUAACAGACCUGGAGCCAGCAAGACUCGGACAAAAGGACUUAAUCAGGUUUAUGUGUGCUAAAGGUUAUGAAGACAGCAUGGAGUUCCCUGACCAUAGCCGGCAUUUACUACAGUGUCUGAGGGAACAGAGGCAUCAAGGUUUUCUUUGUGACUGCACUGUUCUGGUAGGAGAUGCCCAAUUCCGAGCACACAGAGCUGUACUGGCUUCAUGCAGCAUGUACUUCCACCUAUUUUACAAGGACCAGCUGGACAAAAGAGACAUUGUUCAUCUGAACAGCGACAUUGUUACAGCCCCAGCUUUCGCUCUCCUACUUGAAUUCAUGUAUGAAGGGAAACUCCAAUUCAAAGAUUUGCCCAUUGAAGACGUGCUCGCAGCUGCCAGUUACCUUCACAUGUACGACAUUGUUAAAGUUUGCAAAAAGAAACUAAAAGAAAAAGCCACCACCGAGGCAGACAGUACUAAAAAGGAAGAAGAUGCCUCAAGUUGUUCGGACAAAGUGGAGAGUCUUUCUGACGGCAGUAGCCACAUUGCAGGAGACAUACCCAGUGAUGAAGAUGAAGGGGAAGAUGAAAAAUUGAGCAUCCUGCCCAUCAAAAGGGACUUAACGGCUGAGCCUGGGAACAUGUGGAUGAGAUUGCCCUCGGACUCCGGAGUGAUUCCCCAGAGCGGUGGGGAACCAGACACACAUGCAACAGCAGCUGGGAAAACAGUAGCCAGCCCCUGCAGCUCAACAGAGUCUUUGUCCCAGAGGUCUGUCACCUCCAUGAGGGAUUCAACAGAUGUUGACUGUGUCCUGGACUUGUCUGUGAAGUCAAGCCUUUCUGGAGUUGAGAAUUUGAACAAUUCGUAUUUCUCUUCACAGGAUAUGAUGCGAAACAACUUGGUGCAGGUGAAAGUGGAAAAAGAGGCAUCCUGUGAUGAGAGUGAUGUUGGCACUAAUGACUAUGACAUGGAGCAUAGCACUGUGAAAGAAAGUGUGAGCACUAAUAACAGGGUACCAUAUGAGCCAGCCCAUCUGGCUCCUAUGAGAGACGAUUCUGUUUUGAGGGAACUAGAUAGAGAGGACAAAGCCAGUGAUGAUGAAAUCAUAACUCCAGAGAAUGAGAGAGUUCAGGUGGAAGGGAGCAUGGACACCAGUCUGCUCCCUUAUGUCUCCAACAUACUUAACCCUGCAGGCCAAAUUUUUAUGUGCCCCCUCUGCAACAAAGUCUUUCCUAGUCCCCACAUCCUGCAGAUUCACUUAAGUACGCACUUUCGAGAGCAGGACGGGAUCCGCAGUAAGCCUGCCGCUGAUGUCAAUGUCCCAACCUGUUCCUUGUGUGGUAAGACUUUUUCUUGCAUGUACACUUUGAAACGUCACGAGAGGACUCAUUCAGGUGAAAAACCAUACACUUGUACUCAGUGUGGAAAGAGCUUCCAGUAUUCCCACAAUCUGAGCCGCCAUGCCGUAGUUCACACACGGGAGAAGCCACACGCUUGUAAGUGGUGUGAGCGGAGGUUCACCCAGUCUGGAGACCUUUACAGGCAUAUUCGGAAGUUUCACUGUGAACUAGUGAACUCGUUGUCUGUCAAAAGUGAAGCACUGAGCUUACCUACUGUCAGAGACUGGACAUUAGAAGAUAGCUCUCAAGAACUUUGGAAAUAGAAUUUUAUAUAUAUAAUUAAUAUAUAUAUAUCUAUAUAUCUAUAUAAAUCUAUAUAGUUGUGGUACAGUCUAAAAGCAGUCUUGUUUCCUUAAACUAACAAAGUUUGGCCAUUAGCUUGUUUUAUGCACUUUAAAGCAGCAUGAACAUUUCACUACUUAGUGUUCUGAUAAUGAACUAUAGAAAUAAGACAAAUAAACUUCAUAAAACCUUCCCCUGUCUCCCCACCAAGUAAGUACUUCUUUUAAAAAUAACUGCAAUUGAUCAAGAGCGAUUGUUAGAGUCUAUUUAACAUUAUUUACAACAUUGCAUCAUUUCAAUCUCCACUUAAAUCAGUAAUCUCCAGUUCUUUUUUAUCACUUCAGUUAAAUUUUUUAUACUGCAUGCAUCUAUUCUAGCUCAGGGAAACCUGAAUGCUUUUAGACCCAAGCGAUAUGAUUUCUAAAUGACUGGAGUAUCAAUUUUUCAAAAGUGAUUGUUAUUAUAUUGUAAUUUGUAAACUACAAUAGUUCCCACAAUUAAAAAAAGAAAGAAAAAUUUGAAAAUACACUGGAAUCAUGGGGACUCUGAAGGCGUGUUUGGGAUGAAAAAGGAUGUUGCAUUUUCAGCAGUUGCAAACUGCAUUUAAAAUGUGAAUUACUGUUAUAUACUGUAAUUGAUUAAAAGGGUUGGGGGGGUGUCAAAGAAAUUGACAAGUUGUGUUAAUGCUCUAAGUUAAGUCUUCGAAAGUAAAUAUUAAUGCUACAGAAAUGCAUGCAUUUCGGUAUAUUUUUGUCUUUGUUUGCAUUGUAUAACUUUAAUGAGUGAUUUUAAAAACUUAUUUAAUUUUUAGUAAGGAAAAGCACCAGAAAAAAAAACCUGGUGUUACGAAGAACAUAAAUGCACUGCUUUUAUUUUAUAUAAUUUAAAUUAAUUACCCAUUGUCUUUAAGUUGAACAAACACUAUAUGUUGAUUUUAGCUAUGUAAAGGAAGAUAGUAAUGUUUACAAGACGUAGAGAUUUGCAUGUGCAGUGAACAUUUAUUUAAAAAAUGAUUGCACAAACCCAUGCCAGCUCCAACCUUAGAUGCAUAUACUUACCCAUGUGAGCAUUUUUAGAAUUCCUGCUGCACAAAUAAACAAUAGGUGUUCAUUUUAUUUGCCACUUCAAAAGAUUCUAUGGAGUGAAAAAGCCCCAGGCUAAAAGAACUAAAAACCUUGAUUGACAUGGGACAGGGUGGGGAGGUGGUGGGAGAAAAGUUGGGGGAGGGUUUGUGAACUGUGUAUCCAAACAGCAAAGACUGCAGCCUGACGUGUGGUUUUAAUGAUCAACACGUAGGGCAAAAAGCAUUUUGCACAGUGUAUGUUUUCCUGUCUUGCACUUACAAAUAAGGUCUAUGAGAGUAGCAUGGAAAAUGUUUUUUUUCUGCUUUUGUUUAGAAUUUGAUCGCCUUAACUACUGUAAACAUAGCCUAUUUUUGUGCUUAAGAAAUUGAAUGGAAAACUCCAUUGUGUAUUGCUGGACUGUUUUGGAAAUAUUUUGGUCAAAUGUAUAUUAAUUUGGCUGUAAUGGCAUUUACAACAAAAAAAGCUGUGAAAAUGGCCUUGGAGCAUUAUUUUUAGUUACUUGAACAGUCUCUAGGUUUUAAAAAUUCAUUGUUUUUAUUUAGAAAAGACAAUCAGUGUCUGGAAAAAAUGGACUACUUAUGCUUUUUUAUUUUUUUGUGGACAUGAGUGAUUGUUGGGGGGGGUUAGUUGCCCUUUAGUUUCACAUUUUAUUUUAUUUUUUGGUUUUAAAAAUUAGACUGACAUCUAGCCUUGACAAUCAUAGUAUGUUUUAUUUUCAUGAGGGGGAGGGGAAUAACUUAUAAUGCUGUUUAGUUUUGUACUAUUGGUGUGUUGGUGAAUUUUUAAAUUGUGUGCUAACUGCAAUAAAUUAUACAUACUGAGAAA